CAGAAAUACAUCGCAGCUAUCAGCUGUAACAUUUGGACACAUCCCAAAAGCGAAGGGACGCCAUCAUUAAGUUUCAAGUCCUUUUUUUACGCACUAUGCCUCAAAAUCAUGUCAAACGCUGCAGUUUAGAUUGGGCCAGACAGGAAGUCAAACGCGAAAGGAGUGUAAAACAUUUGGAAACUUUCAAAGUAAAAGUCGCUUGCAGAUGAACAUACAUCAUUUGUGAGAACCCCGCAGCAAUCCAAACAGAAGAUAUACCACAGACCUUUUUUGAUACAUGCAACUGUCUUUCUCUUUGCUUGUGAUGCUGUGGACUUCUGAAAUCACGUGUGGUGUUCCAGCUCUCCUGUGAUUUUGUGACCUCACAGGACCAGCUGCGUGGAACGCUUUGCUCCCGCUUCGCGUCUGAAAUGUUCCCGGGUUGAAAGGAAGCUCGUGGGUAAAACGCUGCUAUUGCGUUUGGUGGAAAGACGGCUUUAGCCUUUCAUCUUAUUUUUCAGCUUCCAUCUGUUCACCUUAGUCGGGUCACUCCUCAGCUCCUGCACUGUUCUUUUCCCUUAUUAAAUUAUUUAUUUGGAUUAGAUGGAUGUGUUUAGUUCCCCACCUUCUCUGUGUAUUUUCUUCCAGCCUUUUAGUUUCAGUCAUUUUCAUAUUUCUUUCCAUGAUCAUCAUCAUCAUCAACUUUAUUCGUAGCGUGCUUUUCAUCAGCUAGGAGGUGAGCCAAAGCGCAUUACAUGCAUAAAAUAAUUUAAAGCAUCACUGACCCAAGCAAGGGCCCACAAAAUAUACACUGAGACAAAAAAAGUUGAUAAAACAACUCACAAAAACUGGAUAAAAUUCAACUAUAAUAUCUAAAAAUGUGGCGAACUCACAUGCUGAGGGAACACAGUACAGAGAUGAGUUUUCAUCUGUGCUCUGACCAGUUUUCCCCAGUUUGGAUAUUAUCUUUGACUCCUUGACUUCCCUUUAAAGGUGUGGUUCUCUGAAAACCCAUUUAUUAAUUAAUAUUUCUGAUUGUGAUUGGACAAUCUGAUUUCAUGCAGGCUAAACCUGAAAAUAGUCUCCUACACCUAUCUCCUGCAUCAGAUUCUGGUAGAAAGUACACGGUGAAACUCUAGGAUUAGAUCAUCUUGACUCAUGACCCCAGACUUGUGUUAUUUGUGGAGAUAAAACAUCACCAUUGCAGAGCACACACAGUCAGUGGUAGUGGCUGUGUUGUUAGAGGGGACAUGUCCAAAUAUCAGGAAAUAAGUAUCCAAAUCCAGCCGUCUGAAGCUCAGGUGUGAUGUAGCUCACUUCGAAGUCUUGGAUAUGGUGCACCAGUGUCCACCCACUUCCCAAGUACACCAUAAAGGCAUUCAUCCCUAAUAGAAACCAGUGCAGAUGUACUGAUUAAACUAGUGUUCCACACCUUUAACUGUUGUUUGUCCACUAUAGUUAUUUUAUUGUUAUCCAUUCUUCUGUUAGUUUAUUCCAGUUAUUCUUAGCAUCUUUAGUCUUUUUAGUUUUUAGGUUUUAUUUGACGUUAUUUAACUUUCCUCCUGUGUCAUUGUGUUUGCCUCCUUCCUCGUAUCAGUUACACCUGUCAGUAAUCAGCCAUCUAUCACACCUGUUACCCAUCUCAUCACUCCCCUCUGCGUAUUUAUACCCAGUUCAGUUCAGUUGCUCUUGUUGGUUCCUUUGUUAUGUGUUAUCUUGUUAUCAAGGUCGUGCUCCUGACCUUGCUCGGCAAAAUAGAAGUUUUAAAGCCUUUUCCUUGCUGCCUGCCAUUGAGUCCUACCUGCUACAAACAGCCCAGUGACAUUUAUUUUGUCUCUAAAUCCUUCAAGUCCAAACAAAGCCAGAAUAAAUAUUUUUAUAAAUGAAAUGAGCUUUUGGAAAUAAAACAACUAUAUUGGUGUAAUUCCUUAAUGAACACCACUGGAAGCCACCAAUUUCUUGUGGAAAACAUACAAAUUAUGGGUGAAAAUCAUCUGCUUUGAAGUUUCUAGUUUUUCCUUUAGAAGUUGGUCAAAUUUUGGUGUCUGAUGAAUAGAUCUGCACAAAAGAAGCUCGACUGUCAUCCUGCAGUGCUUCUCUUGUCUUUCAUCUCUCGCUGCCUCAUUCUCAACUUUGCACUGACGAUGGUCAAAGCUGUUAGAAGUUGGCCCGGACCUUCAUCCAGGAACUUCAUGUUGUCAUGUUUUCUUUCUCAUGUACACAACAGACAGUUUACCCAGUGAGUCUCACAGCACACUGUCCUUGUUUCAUAACUUUUAUUUAUUUCUGUCUGUCUCUUAUUGUUUCUGAACUUUUUUUAUGACUUUCUCCUUUAUUCCACCAUGUUGGUUUUAUAUAAUCUGUUGUUUUAUAAUUUUAUCUGUGUCUUUAUCAGCACCUUGAGGAUCCGUGAAGGCGGCAGGAGGUGCUUUACAUAAAAAGAAUGAUGAAGAUGAAGUGAGAAUUUACUAGAACAGUAAAGCUUAGAGAGAGCUUAGAAGUAGUCCACCGUGUUUACAUCCGCUUAGACACAUUUGUGAUGUUGUCUCAUGACCACAUUUAAUUGUGUACUUUUAUGACAAAAUUAUUUUAAGAUUAUUUUUGCUUUUGCUAUACAUUUUAGAAAAAUAAUAAUUGACAACUAAAUGGAAUAACUUCUCAAACAAAAGGUUUAUAGCGCUACUGUGGCAUUAGUGAAUCCACCUAAAGGUUCUUCUGAUGAGGUUCAUAAUGAUACAGUAACAGUUCGAAGCCAGUAUGUCACUUCUAAAAGGUAUUUUUCUUUUUUCCCAGCAUGUUGGCCAUUUCUGGUCUGUGCAGAGGACAGUAGGCUGACUAUACUUGCUGAAUAAGAUCCAAUCAGGGAUUGUGCCAUGCCCAAAGAGCAGCAGCCAGGUGUUGUUAUGCUUCUUCCACCUUUGUGGAUCAUGAGGAACUCUCUCGAGUCCAAUCUGCUGUGUUUCUCUACGUCUCAACAUCUUGCCUGUAAAACUAUUUGAAUUUUGGGCUUAAGUUUUCUCCCUCUCUUCAGCCUCGGACGACUGCAAGGUCAGAGGCUGAGUAUUUUGACUGAUAUGUGAAGCUUUGUUGAUCUUCUGUAGCCCUCACCUUUUUAGUGUAAAGAAAGUAUUUCCUUUCUCAGAUUUUGUGAAAUUUCUCUUCCAUGUGGAGCCAUUGCUGAAAUGGGAAGGGCUUUUCUUUGUUAAGUAAUGUCCUUUUAUAGUGACCUGUCUGCUGGACACCUCUUAAACAAAUCAUUAGACUCACCUGUAGUUGAAUCCCUGUUCAUUUGAAUUUUGUAGUCUUUAGUGUGGCUUUUCUCCUAAGACUUUAACUGGGGUGCUCAUUUUUGCAACAUGGGCUUGAAUGGAUCCAUCCAUCCAUCCAUUUUCUUCCACUCAUCUGGAGUCGGGUCAUGGGGGCAGUAGCCUAAAGCCUGAUUUAUGCUUCUCCGUCUGCGUCUGUGCGGAGACACGCAACACCAUUAUCCGUCCUUGCGUAGGGCACACAAGUACGUACGGAGUCGAGCCCACUUUUUUAAACAUCCGUCGAACGAGACGGAUUACGCAAGCUUGUGAUUGGUCGGGACGCCGCUGUUGUUUACAGCGCCGCCAUUGCAAAGAGAGCCGAGGAUAACUAGCGGCAAACACGGAGAAGCUUGAAGAAUACCUCACGAAAAAACUAUAAAAGUAUGAACGUUUUAUCCUCCCGUGACUGGAGGAGUGAAAAGAUGCACAGCAAGUGUUUUAUUUGUGGACGGAAAUGACAGGAAACGUGGGUUUAGAGGUGGGGAGUGCAUGAAGAGGUGGGAGAAUGAGAGACAAAUAUGUCCGUGUUAAAAGUCUCUUAUAUACACAAAAAACACAAUAUAAACAAACGAUCUUGGACCGAUACACGACAGAUACCACAGAACAACGCUACGCCCUGUGUUUUCCUGCCGGGGAAUUGCUUUGCAACACUCUCCAGGCGACGGAGAAGUAUGAGAGCAAAACGCUUCCGUCAAUCCGUGCGUGUCUGUCCCUUGCGGAGCUGAUGGAGAAGCAUAAACCAGGCUUGAGUCGAGAGGCCCAGACUUCCCUCUCCCCAGCCACUUGGGCCAGCUCCUCCGGGGGAAUCCCAAGGCGUUCCCUGGCCAGGUGAGAGACAUAGUCCUUCCAACGUGUCCUGGGUCUACCUUUAGGCCUCCUCCGGUUGGACGUGCCUGGAAAACCUCACCAGGGAGGCAUCCAGGAGGCAUCCUGACCAGAUGCCGAAGCCACCUCAACUGGCUCCUCAGUGUGGAGAAGCAGCGGGUCUACUCCCAGCCCCUCCCGGAUGACUGAACUUCUCACCCUAUCUCUAAGGGAGAGCCCAGCCACUCUACGGAGAAAACUCAUUUCAGCUGCUUGUAUCCGUUAUGUCGUUCUUUUGGUCACUAUCCAAAGCUCAUGACCAUAGGUGAGGGUAGGAAUGUAGAUCGAGCGGUAAAUUGAGAGCUUUGCCUUCUGACUCAGCUCUCUCUUCACCAUGACAUGCUUAAAUGGGUUUGUUAACAUGAAUUCAUGUGUAGUACUUUUUACUCCUUAUGAUUUAUCCCUUGUUAUUUUAAUGCUUGUUUUUACAUUGCUGUGUUGAGCGCUUUGGGCUGCCUUAGUUGGCAGCAGGAAGGCGCUCUAUAAAUGAAUGAAUGAAUGAAUGAAUGAAUAUCACUUUAUUGUGUGCAAAUGAACAAAUCUUGUUUGCAAUCAAUGGCCCACAUUUGUGGGACCAUUUUGUAGAAUGGUAUCUCAUAGAAAAUGUUGAUUCUGAAAUGAAACUAAAGGUUUUCUGACAAAUGUAGUGGGGUGUAUUUAUGCUGAGAACUGUGUUAUUGUGGUCAAUAGAGUGUUUAAAAAAUGGGAAAGAAACACUUUUUUUUUCAAAGCAGAAAUGAGAACAAGACUUGAGCAAUGCAAGAUAAAAUAAAGGAGGAACAGAAUAUUUUAUUUUGUUAUAUGACAAAAAGAGAAGUAUGUAGUUUUCGGUGUGUGUUCACAUAUAAGUGUGUGUGAUUGCAUCAAAAAGAGAAAACUGCUGCCCAGAGUACACAGGGAGGGGAGAAACAUCGUUCCUCCUUUGUCCUUCCUACAGAACAGCUGUGUUUUACUGGGAGGGUGGAGGUUAUUUGAAAAGAGGAAGGAAGAACAAUCGUUUUCUCACAUUACAGCGCAUGCUCUCACACAUAUAUAUGGAUUCUGAUGGACAGCUAUCAAGGCUUCUCUCCAAGUUUACUGCCUGAGCGGCUGUGAGUGUCAAGUGUCGUUGUCAAUCUCGCCUUUUUCCGUGUGGCUGACGGUGACAUCAGCACCCCACUCUUGUCAACGUGCCUGCAUCUGUACUUGCAGAAUGAUGACUGAGCUCAGGAUAGUGAGGAAUCUCUCACUGGAGGGAUUCUUUAACAGUCCCAACAGUAAGCCUUUUCUCAAGAGACGGUGCCUCAGCGAUGUGAGUAUUCUGCUUUUGCAGUAAGUCGGAGAUCAUUCUCACUGCAGCUAUUGCUUCUUGUGUUUACAUUAUCUCCAAGACAGAAGUACGCUUAGCAUUAAAGAGCUUCAGGUGAUGCUUUUGACUCGAUUGUGAACUAGGGGUGGGUAAUAUGUCAAAACAGCAAAUGUCAUCGGCAAAAGAAAUGCCCUAAAAUAAACGCAGCAUGUCCAAAAGUAUUCCUGGACAUAUUUUUAUUUAGGCUGUGCAAUUGUUAAUCUACAUUUCAGCAUAUACCAACAUAACACUGGUUAAAGGCUGAGGAUGCAAUUAGAUGAUGCAUUAAUAGUCAAUGUAACAGCCACCGAACAUUCAAACAAGUUAUGUUGUGUUAUUUAUAGUAGGGAUGUAAAAAAAUAUUGAUAUGCCAAGAUAUCAUGGUAUUUUUUUCCUGCAAUAUUAUAUUGAUAUUCAAAAGCUGUGUAUUGAUUUUUUGGGAAGAAUUUACAUGCAAACAUUUGUGUGUUUUCUUUACUCCCACCACUAGUCAGCUGCAGUGUGCAAUGGGUUUUGUUUCCACCAUUGAAAUGUAAAUCCCUCUAUUAUGGUUUGGAUACCUCAUGUUAAAUAUGUUACGUAUCAGUUUGGGCUGUUUAUGGAAUUUUUCUACAAUAAAUUCAGUCUAAGAUUGCUAACGUCUGGCUGAAUUUAUCACAAUAUAUCAAAUUGUCUCCCCUGUAUUGUGAUACGGCAAGGCAGCUUUAUUUAUGUAGCACAUUUCAUACAUAGAGGCAAUUCAAUGUGCUUUCCAUUAGCAACAAUAUCAAGAACAUUAAAAUCAAUGUGACAGAAAAUACAAUUUAAAAGUGUGAAAGGAACAAAAUUUGAGGGUGAUCAAAUAGAAAGAUAACUUUAAGGUACAUGAGCAAGCGACUUUGGUUGCUGUCACCUGUUGUGAUCGGUUAAAGCAGCUCUCGGCAGUUCUAGGGUGGGCCCAAGUUCAAGUGGGCACAACACCGCAGCUGCUGUGACUCCCAGUGGUUUCUUUACUGUGGGAAUCCAGUAACAAUGGCUCUUUGAUGGCAAAAGGUUGCCGACCCCUGGUCUAGCCUUCAUGUUUUUUCCCGGCCCUACCUCAGCCUAUAUUCUGUCACCUAUAACUGACAACACUUCACAAAAGUUACAACUAAACCUAAGCGACAAAACAUGAAGAAAUACGGGACCCGCCAUAUAAAUUUUUUUCUUCUUUAUUUAUUUAUUUUUUCUUUACAUUACAUGAAUGAAUACUUUAUUAUCAUUGACCAGCAUCCUGGUACUAAGAAAUCUGCAUUUCAUCAUGACCCAUCCUAGAUCAGGCUGGCUGUGGGCUUGCAGCCGUGCAUUUGACCCAUCCUUACAUUAUUAGCAAGGAGCAAUGGACUGCAGUUUGUAUCACGCCCCGGGGCCAGCGUUGGGAUUCAGCAUCUUGCCCAAGGAUGCUUCAACACAUGGCCCACUGGGACUGGGGAUUGACCUUUGGAUCAUAGGACAACCGCGCCCCCAUCCAGCCUUGGCCGCCAUGUGCAUUCUUUCAUUAAUACACUGAAGCGAUCAGGCUUGGAGUGUGUCAUGGCUAAAUUGGACCUCAGAGUAUACCCUACAGACCAUUCAACGUUCAGAUCACUCAGACAUUAUCAACACAUUGUUUGCAUUGUAGCACCAUCAUAUCACUCACCCCUACCUAAAACCUGGAAAUAAAAACGCAACUAAAAUGUUCAUAAGUGCGAAAUGAACAAAUGUCUUCUAUAAUCCAAGAUUUCACUGCUUUCUAGUCUAUUGUUGUUAAAGAGAAUUUAAAUAUCUUGUCAGUGUUUAUCGAAGUCUGGUUUAUUUAUUUAUUUUUAAUCAGAGGAGCAUCAUAUGACUCCGCUUACUUUUGCACACACCCUACGCUGGGGCUAAACCGUUAGCUUUACUAUGCCAGGGUCAGAUGUGUGUGUUUGGUGGAGUAGUGUGAGUCAGUGUGUCAUGUUUCCAUACAUGCACAUGUGAAAAGGUUGCUUUCCAGUGGUAAUGUGCGCAUGUGUGUUGUAGAAGGCCUGCAACGCCGCUUUGUAAAUUCAAGCUGUCAUGUGGAAACAUCAGCUUGGCACUGCAGUCCACUUGUGUUACAUGGCGAACCGAGAAUGCACCCCUGCAACAAACACCGCGUUGUCAGGGUUCCUGCCGCGGCUUGUCAAUGUGGGUCGAAGCCGCUUCGGAUCCUUAAUGUGAAAUCUGCAGAUGAAAGGUGCAUGCCUCAGGGUUUGUUCCUCGACAGAACCUCCACCGGUGCUUCUGCUAAUUAGACAAAACACUGAGAAAAAUACUCAAGCUCUGCAGCAGCAAAUGGCAGAGGUGUAAUUAAAAUGAUAAAGCUAAGUUUAAGUCUUGGCGUCCUCAGCAGACACGUUAAUUACAACACACCAAGAGUACGUUAAAGUGAAACCUAGUUGUAAAAGUUUUUGAUGCAAUCUUAAUUUCUUUGCACAGUGAUGAUGGUUGUAGCAUGAAGGUUGUCCCAGUCAAACACAAAUGUGCCUUUGCACUUUUGACUGCAAAAGCCAGAGUGUAUUGCUGCUAAUUUGGUGGCCGUUGCACUCAAGUCACAAGUGCUGUUGGCUUUAGCAACAGAGAGAAACACCAUGGUGCUUGGAGGCUCAUUUCUCCCCAAAGAGAAACUUGUUUACAGGGAGUUUGCCUUAAAGCGUAAAGCAACAUUUUCCUGGUUGAUCCUGAAAUGUCCCAUUGAGUGAAAACGAUACGAGGAGUGCUAAUUUAGUUAUGAGAGACCAUAAAUGAAUGUUUUGUGUCUUAACUGUGUAGAUUUUACUAUUUUUACUCUCAUAGAGCUGCAAUGAGCUCAAAAGGAAAGUGUUUUGAUAAAUCUAUACCAAUGACCAAAUCCAUGUACCAUGUCAAAUCUCUCCUUCAGACCUCGGACCUGUUUGCCAUGAUCGAGAGGAUGCAGGGGUGCAGAAUGGACGAGCAAAGAUGCCCCCUCCCUCCUCCCCUCAAAACAGAAGAAGACUACAUUCCUUAUCCAAGUGUUCAUGAGGUUUUGGGCCGCAGGAGUCCAUUUCCACUCAUCCUGCUUCCCCAGUUUGGAGGAUACUGGAUCGAAGGAACCAAUCAUGAACCUAAAGACCCCCCAGAUGCUGAGCUACCUUCCUGUCUGGCCUCACACAUCAAACUGGAGACCAACAGCAUGGCUAAGAUCUACAGGAAGAACUUCAUGGGCAAGGAACACUUUAAUUACUACACUAUGGAUGCUGCUCUGGGCCACUUGGUCUUCUCAAUGAAAUACGAAGUCAUCGGGGAUCAAGAGCAUCUCCGCCUGAUGCUACGCACAAAGCAAAAGACCUACCAUGAUGUAAUUCCUAUUUCCUGCCUCACUGAGUUUCCAAAUGUGGUUCAGAUGGCAAAGCUUGUUUGUGAAGAAGUAAAUGUGGACAGAUUUUACCCUGUCCUCUACCCAAAGGCAUCAAGGCUUAUCGUCACAUUUGAUGAACAUGUAAUCAGCAACAACUUCAAGUUUGGAGUGAUUUAUCAAAAGUUCGGCCAGACAUCAGAGGAGGAAGUGUUUGGGAACAUGGAAGAAAGUCCUGCCUUCGUUGAGUUCCUGGAGUUUCUGGGCAAAAAGAUUGAGCUUCAUGAUUUUAAAGGUUUUCGGGGUGGACUCGAUGUCACUCACGGUCAGACGGGGACAGAGUCCGUCUACACACAUUUCCAUAAUAAGGAGAUUAUGUUCCACGUGUCCACCAAGCUGCCUUACACAGAAGGAGACUCUCAGCAGCUGCAGAGGAAGAGACACAUAGGCAACGACAUUGUAGCUAUCGUGUUCCAGGAGGAAAACACCCCUUUUGUACCGGACAUGAUCCAGUCCAACUUCUUGCAUGCAUAUGUGGUGGUGCAGGUGGAGAACGCGUGCACAGACAACGUGACCUACAAGGUCUCUGUGACGGCGAGAGAUGACGUACCUUUCUUUGGGCCAACUCUUCCUGACCCUGCAAUCUUCAAAAAGGGACCUGAUUUCCACGAGUUCCUCUUCACCAAGCUCAUAAAUGCAGAAUAUGCCUGCUACAAGGCGGAGAAGUUUGCCAAGCUAGAGGAGCGCACGCGCUCAGCCCUGCUGGAGACGCUGUACGAAGAGCUGCACAUCAACAGCCAGUCCAUGAUGGGUUUGGGUGGAGACGAAGACAAGUUGGAGAACGGAGGUGGAGGAGGAGGCGGCGGCUUCUUCGAGUCCUUUAAGCGGGUCAUCCGCAGCAGAAGCCAGUCUAUGGACGCCAUGGGCCUCAGUAACAAGAAGUCCCACACGGUCUCCACUAGUCACAGUGGCAGCUUUACCCACAAUCCCACAGAGAGCCCCAAAACCCCGGGGAUUUCAUUGAUAAUUCCUGGGAAAAGCCCAACCAGGAAAAAGUCCGGGCCCUUCAGCUCCCGCCGCAGCAGUGCCAUUGGCAUCGAGAACAUCCAGGAGGUCCAAGAGAGGAGCCGAGAAGUUUCGCCCAACGCCCAGAAAACACCAGAGUGCAGCCAGUUGUCACAGGAAAACAAGUCGGACAACUCCUCCAGCCACAGCUCCCCAGAGUUCACUGCCACAAGGAACAGUUCUGCCAUGUGUUGCAGGGCGCCUUCCAUCCCCGAGGCUCAGGACCUUUCCCGUUCCUCGUCCAACGCCAGCAGCUUCGCCAGCGUUGUGGAAGAGCAUGAGGCUGAGGAGGAGUACGACACCGGCCUGGAGAGCGUGUCUUGUGUUACACCGGUAAAAAGAGACUCGUUUAUGUACGGCUCUGCAGUGGAGGACAGUUCCUGGAACCAAGCAGCUACCCGUCAUCUUCAGCAACAAUCGGAUGGAGCGAAGACAUCAGAGCCAAAAGGGACAGACAGCCAGCUUAAGACAGAGCGCCCCCUGCAGGAGAAGAAACACUCAUCGACCUGUUAGCCUGGAGUGCCUUUUCAGGUUGGACACAUCCCAGGCAUAUUCUGCUACAAAACAAGCCAAGGAGAGAUCAUGGAGUCCACCGCUGAUGCAGAGACGGGGUAAUUUGCAUUUGCUGGAUCUUCAUUUGUAUGUUUGAAGCAGAUCAGCUGUUUAGGACAGAGACUCGGCUCUGUGGCCGUGCCCUCAUUUUAUUCUCCAGCAGUGCUUUAAAAAAGAAGAUGCACCUCCACCCCCACGCAGCAUCUAAAAUGACAGAAAAGCCGUUCUGCUCAUCCUUCAGACCCCGGCUCACCGUAUACGCGCUCAGUCCUUGUUCUAAACAUCCAGAUUGAAGAGAAGUCAAAGCAACCACGGACUGAUGACACGUGUUUGUUUUGUUUGUACAGAGAUAAUGCACUACAAGAGAUAUGUUUUCUAAAAUCACAUCCCACUGUGACGUUGUACAUAGUUCAUCUUUGUCGUACCAAGUGCGUAUCUGAAGGUCAUGCUCAAUGUUUUAUUAAUAACUUCUUUUUUUAAGGUGUUCUGCUCUGGUCGUUUGUGUUGCGUUCAAAGUUUGUCAUGUUUUCAGCAAAAGUUUGAUGCUGAUCUGGAAAAAGAAAAGUCAAUCGUCUUUAGAAUAAAACAAAAGAGAGAACUCGAGCAUCUCAAAGCUGCACAAAAAGGUCCUUCUGUUUAGAUCUCGUGUCUCUAAAUGCUCUUUGUUGCACACGUGUUGAUGUGUGAGUGUGUCUGUGUGUGUUCUGUGUAAAUGUGCUUGCCAAAGCCUUCUUAUCACACUGAUGCAAUGCUUCGUAUAGAAGAAGUGUUGUCCAGCCAACAUCUCAGAUUCUUUGCUGACGGAGUCUAUAUAUAUAUAUAUAUAUAUAUAUAUAUAUAUAUAUAUAUAUAUAAUCUCCUUUUGUAAGCACUACAUUAAGUUAUUUUUGCUGAUUUAUGGCUGAAAAGGAUUUCCACUGUGAUUCGUCUGGAGGUUGCCUUUACGAUGGGGAGCAGCUCUGAGAGGUGAUGUUUUAAAGGCAUUGGGUUGCCAGAUGGCUUGAAUGUAAAAAGAAAUGCAUUUAUAACUUUGUUUAAAAGAAAUUAAUACAUUUCAUGGAAGCCUUCUG